AUGUUUCAGGAAGAGAAAAACAAGCUUUAUGAUGAAUAUGCACAGGCACUUCUCAACAAUGAAAAGUCAUACAAGGCACUUAAAAUGGAGCAGGAGGUAUACAAGCAAACACUGAAACAGUUUGACAAGAGUGAAAGGGAUAUUAAAGCACUGCAGACUGUUGGACAUAUCAUUGGAGAGGUUCUGGAAAAUCUAAGUGAUGAAAAGUUUAUAGUUAAGAGUAGUCAAGGGCCAAGAUAUGUGGUUGGAUGCAUGAAAGCAAUCGAUAGGAAAGAAAUAACAACAGGAACACGUGUAGCGCUUGAUAUAACAACGCUUACAAUCAUGGUUGUGUUACCCAGGGAGGUAGAUCCGAUGAUAUACUCUAUGGGAGAAGAAACCCCAGGAGACAUAUCUUUUGAGUCUGUUGGAGGGCUUAGAGACCAGAUCAGAGAGCUUAGAGAGGUGAUUGAGCUUCCACUGAAAAACCCAGAGAUAUUCAGGAGGGUUGGAAUUAAGGCGCCAAAAGGUGUUUUGCUGUAUGGGCCUCCAGGAACAGGGAAGACACUGCUGGCAAGAAUAGUUGCAUCAACAAUGGAUGUGAACUUCUUGAAAGUAGUGUCAUCUGCACUGAUUGAAAAAUACAUCGGGGAGUCAUCAAGAAUGAUAAGAGAAAUGUUUGCAUAUGCAAGGAGAAAGGCGCCAUGCAUAAUAUUCAUGGAUGAGAUUGAUGCGAUUGGAGGAAAGCGGUCUAAGGACUCAAGCUCAUCAGAUAGAGAGGUGCAGAGGACAUUGAUGGAGCUUCUGAACCAGCUUGAUGGGUUCAAUGAGCUUGACAAUGUAAAGGUGAUCAUGGCAACAAAUAGGCCUGAUAUUCUCGACCCGGCCCUUCUGAGACCUGGCAGGCUCGAUAGGAAAAUCGAGAUACCUCUUCCAAACGAGCAAGGCAGAAAGGAAAUACUGAAGAUCCAUUCGAAGAAGAUGAACUCAAUUGAGGAGAUCGACUAUGAAAUGCUUAUGAAACUGACAGCAGGGUUCAAUGGCGCAGAUCUUCGAAAUGUGUGCACUGAGGCUGGAAUGAUUGCCCUGAAGGAUGAAAGGGAUUAUGUAAAGCACGAUGACUUUGUAAAGUCUGCCAGAAAAAUAGCAAAUACAAAGAAGCUAGAAACCAGGAUGGAUUAUAAAAAGAAGUAA